AUGGCGACCUGGGUUUAUCCACCGCUCCCUGAAAAGCGUCUGGAACAAGAAGCUGAUUCUGCUCUGGAAAGAGAGUUAGAAUGGCUGCUACGAUCAUUGCAGGACUCCCUUGCAUCUCUAAGGGAGGGUCUGCUUGAAUGUGCAGAACUGCUAGCUCCAAAAGAACCUGGCUCUACCCUAGUUCUAUCGUCGAUGCGCUCGGAAAGCGUCAAAGGCUUUGUAACCCGCGUUGGAACGAAGAUCGUAAAGGGGGAUAUCCAACUGCGCCUCAGCUCUCUCAGCUCGAGAGCCGGCCCUACAACGAGAUUAUGCAUGUCUAGUUCACCCAGCGCUCCAGAGCUCGUGCUUAGCCAGCUCGUCUCAGUAAGGGAUUCGGUCAACCAGUGCCUUGACAUCGUGGACGUGAGCACUUGGACUGGCGAUCCUCUCGAUGCACGGUUUAUCUAUAGUCAAAUUCACCUUCUUGGGGAGACUAUUGCCGAAGGGCGACAGAUGUUGAAGGGUGAUAGUGAUGCAGUACGAGGGAAAUGGUGGGAGACAAGCGCAUCAGACGAUCUGUUUGACCCGCCAUUACCUCCGAAUCUUUCAUUUCAUUUGUCCAUUGCAGACUCAGCUCUAGUCCUUUACUUGCGGACGCUAGAGUCUUCCACGCCCACACAUACGCCAACAGCUUUCGCGUCUGAUAUCUCAUUGACCGGGUUCAAUAUACGCGAUCGACUAUUUGGCACUCGACAGCCUGCCCAUGAUGAAGUUGGCGACGUAUUUUCAUGGAAAGGGGACGAUGUAAAGGUUAGAGAGAAGGUCCGCGUAGAGAGUCAAGAUCCUAGUCUUAUGGCCGUGAUGGCCAAGUUGACGGCACUUCACCACGAGGUGGUGCGGUGCAAAACCCACCUAAAGGCCCUGAUGGGCAACGAUGAGGACAGUGAGACUUGA